GUCGCGCUGCGGGCUGGCGCUCAGUUUGGACGCGGAAACAGUGAGGCGAAAACAUGGGUUACGUAGCGGCAAUCCUCUUGGCUGUCUUCGCAGCGGCCAAUGCCCAGAACAACUGCCCCAACAUUGUGGCGCGGCGAGGCUGGGGAGCACGUCCGGCGAAGCAAGUGGAGUACAUCAUCAAGCCAGUGCAGUAUGUCGUCAUCCAGCACACCGUCUCGCCCAUCUGCACCUCCAUGAACGCCUGCGCCGAGCGCGUGCGCAGCAUCCAGGCGCAGCACAUGACCAACCUCAAGUUCGAGGACAUCGGCUACUCGUUCCUGGUGGGAGGCGACGGCAACGUGUACGAGGGGCGAGGCUGGCACAAGCAGGGCGCGCACACGCGCGGCUACAACAAGAACUCCAUCGGCAUCGCCGUCAUCGGCGACUUCACAGAUACUUUACCACCACGGGCACAACUGGAGGCACUGAAGAAGCUGCUGGAGUGUGGCGUGCAGUUGGGAGAGCUGUCAGAGGACUACAAGCUGUUGGCAGCACGCCAGGUAGUGGCCACACAGAGUCCUGGAUUGGCCCUCUACCAGGAACUGCAGACAUGGCCUGCCUGGGUUGAGCAGCCCUGAAGCUGCUGGAUUGACUUUGAUUCCAUCUAUCUCAGUGCCACACCUGUAUAUGAUGUAUUGGAAACAUCUGCUGAAUGAAAGUUUUAUUGAUUAUUGGGGAAUCUGACAUCUUAUCAACCUCAAUGAGAAGUUUUCUCCACUUGGUACAAAAAGCUUUGAGUGAUAUGUUACUUUAUUAUCUGAGAAACACAAAUUAGAUGAAAUUUGUUACUCUGAGGAUAUGGAGUUUUGUAUGAAAGAUAAAAAAUUGUAAAUUAUUAAUAAUUCUUCCUCUUCCCUCCCCCCCCCCCCCCCCCCCAUCAACUUCUCUCCCCUUCUUCACAUACACACAAUGAUUCAUAUAUAAAUAACAUAAGAAAAUGCAGAUAAUCCACAAAAUGUAUAUCAGAUUUAUAGAAAAAUAUUAGAUAUAUCAUUAUCGUUUUUUACCCUUAAGAAAGUAAAAAUACAAAAUGCUGUAGUCCAUAGUAAUUUGUAAUGGUACAGAAUGUUAAAAACUGAAUUGAUAGGAUUUUUCCUAAUUUUACUAAUUGUAAAAAGUGCAAGCAAAAGUAGAAUUAAUGUUUUAGUUCUAUCUUACAAACGAAACCAUUUUGACUUAAAAUUCUUUAAACCUAUAUAUCUGAGGGUAAACUAACACCCCAAAAAAUAUACCUUUGAAGAAAAGAGAAUAAUAAUGUGAAUUGAAUAGAAAUGCAGUCUGACAGAACCUAUACCUCAGUUAUCAUUAACGUGUCAACACCUUUAAAAUUUAGUUCUAAACUGGUCCUAAUCUUAUUAAUUGUCAAAAACACAUGACAUUAAUGAAUAAUAAACUUCUGGUUAUUUCAUUAUAAGGCCAGUUUGAAAUUAAUAAAGGUUAAGAGUAAUUCAGACUGACCUACUUUACACACUGUUGCAAUACAUUGGUUCCUAAAAAAAAGAUACUGAGAAAAUAGAAUGUUGUACAAGAAAUUAUUUAAUGUGACAAAUUGUGCAUACUUGCAUAUUCACAGUAAAUAAAAUUUCCAAAAGUAACCCUAUCUUCCUUGGUUUUAACUAAGAUUGUAUUGCACUAUAUUUCAUCAGUUUCAUUUUAAUUUUGAAAAACUCUGAAGAUCCUACGCAAAGAAAUAGAAGCUAGCAGAAAAGAAAUUAUGUAAUUGACUCUUUAAUGUCACAGUUUACCCCAUGAGAUAUUUAACAUGCUUUAGUUAGUUCUUGAAAAUUAUGUAGUCAAGUAUCCAACUUCUAGAGAGUACCAGUGUGUGUUUCACUGCUUCUACUGUAAUCAUUCUUUGUAAUACAAUCUGUUAUAUUAUUAUGAUUACGUAUUAUGAUUAUGGUGUUUACGUUCCUUCGGAUGUUUCAAGAAAAUACAAGAUUUCCCAUAA